GCUUUCAUUUUUGGGAAUCUUCAUGGUCUUCUUUGUCAGCUUUAGCGUUAUGUACCAGGCCAAUCUGUACCCAAACUCGCCUCCAAGCGCCUCCCUACUAAAAAAGUUAGUUUACAAACCAUAUUGGCAAAUCUUUGGAGAGCUCUUCUUGGACGAAAUUUCUGGAGAUGAAUAUGGAGAUUGCACCACGAAUUCGACCGUUUGGAAAUCCGCAGGCGGUAAAGAUCGUUGUCCAGAAAACACCCGCCUGGUUAUUUAUAUAGGAGCAAUCUAUAUAAUUCUUACUCAGAUCGUUCUUGUCAACUUGUUGAUAGCCGUGCUCAGCAACACAUACACUGCAGUGCAUGAGAAGUCGGACCAUAUAUGGAAGUUCUACUGGUACGGAAUUGUGCGUGAAUAUUACGAGAGACCCGCACUUUGUCCCCCUUUGAUAAUUUUGGUUCAUAUUUAUCGUACAAUACGACAUGGGGUGAAACGGUGUCAAGAUCGCGUGUCGGACAACGAGUUUCGUAAGUAACAGUGUACUUUGUCAAAUGUUAACUAAAUGGUCAUACUCAAAUGCACAGAUGAUGUUGUCAUUGAGUACUUGCACAAGAUCAUUCGGGAUUGAUGGUAUUUGUGCAUUGUUAAAGCAAACUUAUG